AUGCAGGAAAACAACAGCUUUAUCAUUGCAGAUGUCAACCUUUUCGAUGGCUAUAAAUUUGUAGCCGAUGGGUAUGUUGUUGUUCGGCGUGGGCUCAUCGCCGAGGUUGGCUGUACAAACCGAGAUGUGCCGUCUGAACAGGACUUCCCCCGCUUCUCUCGUCCAGGAUAUACACUUAUUCCAGGAUUGAUUGAUACCCAUAUACAUGCCAUGCCUAUGCCAGGUGAUAUUCACGACUGUGUUGAGCAAUCACUGCGGUUCGGCGUCACAACGAACACUCAGUCAACAAGUGAUUCCCAGAACAAGAAUAAAUACGCCGAUUAUAAGUUCUCUGGAAUUGGAGCUAUUAUCGACGGAGGAUGGCCAAUCCCUGUGAUGAAGAAGGGAUUCUCAUCUCAUCCACACUGUGAUCAACUGGUUCACAACAUAGUCUCGAAAUGGCCUUUGUUGAAGUCUCCAGCCGACGCCGAACCUUUCGUGCAAUUACAAGUCAACAAGCAUGGCGCAUCCUAUAUCAAGUUGUUCCAUGAGCUAGGGGAUAGCCUGGGCAUGAACGACCUUCCGCGGCCCUCGAUGGACAUACAGAAGGCUGUGGUAGAGGCUGCUCACAAAGCAGGAGUCAUCGCUGUUGGCCACGCUUUGAGUUACGCUGGCGCAAAGGACCUCUUUGACGCUGGAGUCGACGGCCUUACCCAUUGUUUCCUCGAUAAGCCGCCUAGUGAUGACUUCAUUGACAUCAUGCUAACACGCAAUAUCCAUUGUAACCCUACUUUGGUACUGUGUGCAUCACAGACUGUUGAGCGGCAGGAGUGGCAGCGAGAAUUCAGAAAAGAUCCCCUGGCUGAUCGCAUGAUGUUACCCAGAAAGAUGUACCAGGCGGGCAUCACUUUGGUAGCUGGAAGUGAUGCUGGCGGUCAGGAGUUUGGCGUGGCCUAUGGCCUCGGUAUGCAUAUUGAGAUGUACCUGCUCAAGCAUGAGAUUGGAAUGACACUCGAAGAUGUACUCAAGGCGGCCACCUCUAACGUGGCCAAACGGUUUGGCUUCAACGAUAGGGGCGAAAUUGCAGUUGGGAAGAAGGCCGACUUUGUCCUUCUUAAGGGAGAUGCAGACUCAGUGCUGUCAGAUAUACAACAACGCUGUCUUCCAGUUGAGGGCGUCUGGAGGGAUGGUGUUCUAGCCAAUGUCUAUGAAGAAAGAGACUGGCUGAAUGGUAUAAUGAUUAACUUUAGCUGUAUUAAGCUUAUUAUAAAGUACUUAUACUUAAUAGCUAAAGAUUAUAAAAUUAACUUACUAUAUUUUUAA